GGGCUGUUGGGGUACAUUGGGACUCGGGGUGUAGGAUGUUUUAUAUCUACACAUAUACAUAUAUAUAUAUAUAUACACUACUGAUAAAUAUAUAGUAAUCCUCGCAGUUGGUGCAGCGCCUCAUCACGUCUUCGAGACGUUCUCGAAGCGCUUUCAGGGGUUACGCCCCAAAGUGAAUUGGCGUAUCCUGUGAUUUAUAACUGCUGUCUGGCUGCAGCUUUGUGUGCCUGAUAUGCCACUAAAAAGGAGAUUGAAAGAUGAUGAUAGUGGAGACCAAGAUCAGAAUGAAGAUAACCACACACAGAAAGAGAGUGAGAAGGAAAAAUCAGACAAAGAGAAGAGCCAGAAUAGCAUCAAAAGGAAGGCUGUGGUCCCUGGCCCAGGAGAACACCCGUUCCAGUACAACUACACAUUUUGGUACUCCAGGCGGACUCCAGGCCGCCCCACCAGUUCGCAGAGUUAUGAACAGAAUGUUAAACAGAUUGGAACCUUUGCCUCUGUUGAACAAUUCUGGAGGUUUUAUAGUCACUUAGUUCGACCUGGCGACUUGACUGGCCACAGUGAUUUUCAUCUUUUCAAGGAUGGCAUCAAACCAAUGUGGGAGGAUGAAGCAAACAAGAAUGGUGGGAAGUGGAUUAUUCGCCUGCGGAAGGGGCUGGCAUCACGCUGUUGGGAGAAUCUAAUUCUAGCAAUGCUGGGGGAGCAGUUCAUGGUGGGAGAAGAGGUCUGUGGGGCAGUUGUUUCAGUUCGGUUCCAGGAGGAUAUCAUCUCAAUAUGGAAUAAAACAGCCAGUGACCAAGCGACUACUGCAAGAAUCCGGGACACAUUGCGCCGUGUUCUGAACCUACCACCCAAUACUAUCAUGGAGUACAAGACUCAUACAGACAGUAUCAAAGAUAAUUCAAGCUUUAGAAAUACAAAACUCACCUUGUGAGCACAUUGUGCACUCCCUCCACUUCAGCUCAUAAGGAAGGUACUUGCACUGUGUCAUGAAGAAACUUCACUUUUUUUAAAGAGAGUAACAAAACUGAAAGCCAUCUUCCAACGUUCAGUUUGAGUCCUGACUUCACUUUCAGAGACUUUCUCUUUGCCAUUGGGUUAUUUUUAGUGGUAAAAUCUGCUGUACACCUGUCAAUGUUUGUGUAUAUAGAACCUAAGGCUUAAAGCAAGACAGCUGUACUGCUGGUGGUGCACUUAAAUUAUUGGUUCCCUGUCUCCUUUGGCUACUCCAUCUCAUUCUCUCCUAAUUUCAUUUCUUAUAUCUUCACAUCUAUAUUUCCCUUUUAUCUCCAUACUCCUGUUUGGUUCUUCUUAUGGGGAAAUGCUGCUGCUUUAUUAUUUUAUAAGCCAUCUUUUAUUUGCAGAUGUACAUGUUCAGAUAUUUUUGCAAACAAACCAUUUGCUUGGUGCUAUUUUCAAAUAAAAAAACACUUUAUGGCUGA